AUGGUAAAUAUACUGCCCUUCCACAAGAACAAUAGACACAGCGCGGGAGUCGUCACCUGCGCGGACGAUGUUAGCGGCGACGGUAGCGGCGGCGACACCAAGAAGGAGGAGGAUGUUGUCCAGGUAACGGAAUCACCAUCGUCCGGGUCGCGCAAUAAUCAUCGCAGCGACAAUGAAAAAGAUGACGCCAUCCGUAUGGAGAAAAUAUCUAAGAACCAGUCCGCGUCGUCCAACGGCACCAUCCGCGAGGAUUUGAUUAUGGACGUGGACUUGGAGAAAUCGCCCUCCGUCGAUGGCGAUAGCGAGCCGCACAAACUAAAACAAGGUUUGCAGUCGCGCCAUGUGCAACUGAUCGCGCUGGGCGGCGCCAUCGGUACCGGUUUGCUGGUGGGGACUUCAUCCACGCUUCAUACGUGCGGUCCCGCGGGGCUGUUCAUAUCGUACAUUAUUAUUUCCGCGGUGAUCUACCCGAUCAUGUGCGCGCUGGGCGAAAUGGUGUGCUUUUUGCCCGGUGAUGGUUCUGACAGUGCCGGGUCGACGGCCAAUCUGGUCACUAGGUACGUUGACCCUUCGUUGGGCUUCGCCACUGGGUGGAAUUACUUCUACUGCUACGUCAUUUUAGUGGCCGCCGAGUGUACGGCGGCAUCCGGUGUGGUCGAAUACUGGACCACCGCGGUUCCCAAGGGCGUUUGGAUCACGAUCUUUCUAUGCGUGGUUGUUAUACUAAACUUUUCCGCGGUCAAAGUGUACGGCGAAUCCGAGUUUUGGUUCGCGUCUAUCAAGAUAUUAUGCAUUGUGGGACUGAUCAUUCUGUCCUUUAUUUUGUUUUGGGGUGGUGGCCCCAACCAUGACCGUCUUGGCUUCAGAUACUGGCAACAUCCGGGCGCUUUUGCGCAUCACCUCACGGGCGGAUCGCUGGGUAACUUCACAGAUAUCUACACUGGGAUUAUCAAGGGCGCCUUCGCCUUCAUUCUUGGUCCGGAACUGGUGUGCAUGACUUCCGCGGAAUGCGCGGACCAGCGUAGAAAUAUCGCUAAGGCUUCGCGCCGCUUUGUAUGGAGACUGAUCUUCUUCUACGUUCUGGGGACGCUGGCCAUCUCCGUUAUUGUUCCAUACAAUGACCCAACAUUGGUAAAUGCGCUGGCGCAGGGCAAACCGGGAGCCGGCUCGUCACCCUUUGUGAUCGGAAUUCAAAACGCCGGGAUUAAGGUUCUUCCCCACAUUAUCAAUGGGUGUAUCUUGACCAGCGCGUGGUCUGCCGCCAAUGCGUUUAUGUUUGCGAGCACGAGAUCACUGUUGACCAUGGCGCAAACGGGACAGGCACCCAAAUGUUUGGGCAGAAUCAACAAAUGGGGUGUUCCAUACGUGGCUGUGGGUGUUUCCUUCUUGUGUUCUUGUUUGGCAUAUCUGAACGUGUCUUCAUCCACGGCAGACGUGUUUAAUUGGUUUUCCAAUAUCAGCACCAUUUCCGGGUUUCUGGGCUGGAUGUGCGGCUGCAUCGCGUACCUGAGAUUCCGCAAGGCUAUUUUCUACAAUGGCCUCUACGACAGAUUGCCUUUCAAGACGUGGGGACAGCCUUACACCGUGUGGUUCUCUCUCAUUGUUAUAGGCAUCAUCACCAUUACCAACGGGUAUGCCAUUUUCAUCCCUAAGUACUGGAGAGUAGCAGAUUUCAUUGCUGCCUACAUCACCCUACCCAUCUUCCUGGUUUUGUGGUUCGGCCAUAAGCUGUAUACUCGGACGUGGAGACAAUGGUGGCUCCCUGUGUCCGAGAUCGAUGUUACUACAGGGUUAGUCGAGAUCGAGGAGAAAUCAAGAGAAAUUGAGGAGAUGAGAUUACCCCCCACCGGUUUCAAAGACAAGUUCUUGGACGCCUUGUUGUAA